ACAAGUAGUCAGUGUCUUCCGUCUGCUGAAAAACGUAUAUAUAUAUUUUACCUUUUGAAAGCAGGAAAGAUCUAUUCAUUUGGGAUUGACUCAUACUAUUUUGAAGAACCAUUUUCACCUGGAAAGAAAAAUUCUGUCUUUAUUUUUAUCAUGAGGAAAUAAAAGAGUUUUAUACCAUUUUUAUUAAUUUCCAUCGUUAUCUCCAGAGGUAUCUUUUGCUGUUGCUUACCUUUUGCUUUGAAUACCGUCCUGUUUUCCUGAGUCACACCGAGUAGGAACCAGGCUGUCCUGCAAUGUGUCAGCUGCGGCCGGAGCUGCCAAGCUGUGGGGUGGUCAAUAAAGGUUGGUGUGAAUAUCUCAAAGAUUUGGUGUAAAGAAUUGUACCUGACUGGGUUGUACUGACUCUGCUGCACAAAUUUCAAAAUGAUCAAGCAGACCACAGUGGAGUGAAGAAAUGCUACUUUUGCUGAUGAAUUCUGUGGCCUGCAAUGAGUUCAUCUCAGGAAGUGAAAUUCAAGCUUAUGGAAAGAAGGUAGAGACUUUCAAAAUGAUUUAAAGAAAAUAAAAAAAUCCUAGCCGCACACGUACAAGUUGAUCUAGAGGUUCCCACCUGAAACUGGUGAAUAGCCCCUGGUUUGGGGGAUGCUAACUCUGCUAACUUGCUUUUGGUUGCAUCGGGAAUCUGAAGUUAGUGCUCAUGAGAAGUAAAAUCGGAGAACCCAGGGUGCUCAGCGUGGCUAAAGAUUGCAGAGACAGCAGCGAAAAAUCAGACAUUCUCUUUGAAGUAGGGGCUUCAGCUGGGUCCUUUUGUGUGCCCUGGGAACUGAGAGAAAUAGCAGCCAACCUGGGAUAAAAUGCCAGCUAAGGGUAAAUACUUCUUCAAUGAAAACGAUGACUGCAGGAUAACAGACCCUCUCUAUGAGAAGUACCGCUAUACAAGCCAGCAGCAUCCACUCCUGCUGUUGCUGCUCUUCAUUGCAAUCGUCUUCUGGACUACACUAAUUAUCAUCUUUUUUGUCAAAAAUGAAGCAAAUAUGCAUCUUGCCUUCAUUAUUGCAGUAUGUGCUGUUCUGGUCAUAUUUGCAGUCAUGUACUUACUUUUAUGUAUCGAAUCCCUGUUUCGGAGAUGGCUAACAUUAUUUGGAGUUAUGAUUUGGAUUUGCUUCCUAACCAUAGGAUAUAUUCCUCUUCUUGAAAGAGAAAAUGGUUUUUCAGCAUGGGAACAGGUGCCAUUCUUCCUAUUCAUAAUCUUCACAGUUUAUACCAUGCUACCUUUUGGGAUGAGAGAUGCAGUUAUAAUUAGUGUUCUUUCUGCUCUCUCCCAUAUUAUCAUUCUAAGCGUGUUAUCCAAGGAUUCUCAGGCAGACAAGAGAUCCCUUCUGUUUCAGGUACUUGCCAAUGCUGUCAUUUUCCUUUGUGGGAACUUGAUGGGUGCAUUUCACAAACGCCAAAUGCAGGUUGCUUCAUGGGAUUUGUAUAGGUACACGUUAAAGUGCAUUCAGGUCCGAAUGAAACUGAAGAUUGAAAAGAGGCAACAAGAAAAUUUGCUUUUAUCCAUACUGCCAGCUCAUAUAUCUAUGGAAAUGAAGUUAGCAAUCAUAGAGAGACUAAAGGAAACUAAUGAUAAUAGGCAAAUGCAUGACAACAACUUCCACAGUCUGUAUGUAAAAAGACACCAAAAUGUAAGCAUUCUCUAUGCAGACAUUGUGGGAUUUACUCGCCUUGCCAGUGACUGCUCUCCUAAGGAACUAGUAGUAAUGCUGAACGAACUUUUUGGAAAGUUUGAUCAGAUUGCAAAGGAGAAUGAAUGCAUGAGAAUAAAAAUCCUGGGAGACUGUUACUACUGUGUCUCAGGCCUACCUGUGUCCUUGCCAGUACAUGCCAGGAACUGUGUUAAAAUGGGACUUGACAUGUGUGAAGCAAUAAAGCAAGUAAGAGAAGCCACAGGUGUGGACAUCAACAUGAGAGUUGGUAUUCAUUCUGGGAACGUGCUGUGCGGCGUGAUCGGCCUGCGGAAGUGGCAGUACGAUGUCUGGUCUCACGACGUUUCCUUAGCAAACCGCAUGGAGUCUGCGGGCGUACCUGGCCGUGUACACAUCACUGAAGCAACGUUAAAUCACCUAGGCAAAGCUUAUGAAGUAGAAGAAGGAAAUGGACACCUUAGAGAUCCUUACCUUGAAUCCAUGAAUAUCAAAACCUACUUGGUGGUUGAUCCAAGGUCCAAACAGUGCAUAUCGAAUAAUCAUCUUCCUAAAACAAAAGUUAACGAUGGGCUGAAGAUGCGAGCAUCUGUUCGGAUGACACGUUAUUUGGAGUCCUGGGGAGCAGCCAGGCCCUUUGCCCACUUGAACCAUAGAGAAAGUGUGAGCAGUGACUCUUCCACUUCACAAGGAAGGAAAAGAAAGGAAAUACCUUUGUGUUCCACUGGGCGCCAGAGGACUUCCGACAGAAAUUCAUCUCAAAAGGGAAGGAUAGAAGAAGAUAUUUAUGAUGAAAUGAUGUCAACCAUCGAGGGACUCAGUUCAACUAAUCCGUGGUGUAGCAAAUCUGAUGACUUCUAUGGAUUUUCACUGAUAUUUGCAGAAUCUGGUCUUGAAAAAGAGUAUCGCACCAUUCCUAUUCUAAAACUGAAGAGUUACUUUGCCUGUGCGAGUUUUGUGUUCUUCUGCAUUUUCCUGGUACAGAUGUUUAUAAUGCCAAAAACUGCAAAACUAGGAAUCUCCUUUGGUGUUGUUGCAAUCAUCAUUGCACUUAUUUUGCUUGUAUGCUUUGCUGAGAAAUGUAUGAAGCACUGCUCAGAACGGUGGCUUUUUCUGCACCAUCUUUGUGCUAUCUCAGAAAAGGUGGAAACAAUGCCUUUACUUAGGCUUCCUUUAGCAGUCAUCACUAUAGGUGCCUUGCUGAUUAUAGCUAUCUUUAACUUGACUACUGUAAACGUCUGUACUGCAAAUGUUACUGGAUCAAAUGACGUGAAUGGCACCAUCAAUUCCUUUGGAAACACAACUGAAUACCUCGUUGAGGAAACUUAUUACGCUUACUGCUGCAUUUUGGGGUUCAUUGCUUGCUCAGUAUUUCUUCAAAUGAGCUUUGAACUCAAGGUUCUCCUCCUGUCCAUUGCUGUGACUGUAUACCUCAUCAUUUUCAAUGCCUUUAUAAACUGUAGGAACUUGAAGGUAUCUGCCAACAGUACCAGGCUUUUCAUUGAAGAGCCAAGGAUAAUGAUUAAUAUAUAUCUGGUUCUGUUUUAUGUAACCCUAAUACUACUUGCAAAACAGAUUGACUAUUACUGUCGACUGGAUUGUCUGUGGAAGAAUAAGUUUAAAAAAGAACAUGAACAGUUUGAAACGAUGGAGAAUGUUAACAGGCUUUUGCUGGAAAAUGUACUUCCAGCACAUGUCGCUGCCUAUUUCAUUGGUGAAAAACGAAAUGAGGACUGGUACCAUCAAUCUUAUGACUGUGUCUGUGUCAUGUUUGCAUCAGUGCCAGAUUUUAAGGUGUUCUAUACUGAAUGUGAUGUCAAUAAAGAAGGUCUGGAAUGCUUGCGGCUGUUAAAUGAAAUCAUUGCUGAUUUUGAUGAGCUCUUGCUAAAACCUAAAUUUAGUGGUGUUGAAAAAAUAAAAACUAUUGGAAGCACUUAUAUGGCAGCAGCUGGCCUCAGUGUUACACCAGGCCAAGAGAACAACCAGGAUAAGGAGAGACAGCAUGCACACAUUGGGAUUAUGGUGGAAUAUGGAAUUGCCCUGAUGAGUAAACUGGAUGGAAUCAACCGACAUUCCUUUAACAAUUUCCGCUUACGUAUUGGGAUAAAUCAUGGCCCUGUGAUUGCUGGUGUAAUUGGUGCUCGGAAACCACAGUAUGAUAUUUGGGGCAACACUGUUAAUGUUGCUAGCAGAAUGGAGAGUACGGGGGAACUUGGGAAAAUCCAGGUCACAGAAGAAACAAGUAGAAUACUACAGGAGCUGGGAUAUUCGUGUGAAUGUAGGGGACUCAUUAAUGUCAAAGGCAAGGGAGAACUGAGGACUUACUUUGUUUGCACCGAAACAGCCAAAUUCCAAGGUAUUGGACUGAACUGAGGCUAUAACAAAGUUAAUCAAAGUAGACUUCGAACUGCCUCCCUUCUGUGAAGACUUAGAAUUUCCCUCCUUAUGUAAAGGAGAUUAUUCAAAACUAUAUAUACUAUUCAUACUUCUUCUACAUCUAAAGAUAGGAGAAUGUUGUUGUGUUUGUUGUUUUUUGAAAGAAGUUCUGAGAAGUUUGUAGAAGACAUGGAACCACCAGUUUGAAAAAGUCUACCUUUUCCCAAAGUUAUUUGAGGAUUUACCUGGAAUUUGCGUGAAGCAUUUUCGGUUAGUUCCUUUCCUUCCCUGCACUGAGAGAGUCUAACAGCUCCAGUAACAACCCGCGUGGAUGCACUGUAGAACUCCUUACCACCUUAAAACAUUCCACUGCUUCAUUCUUUGUCACACGUGCACACAGUAUUGCAUUUGUCACAGACGUACUGAGAUGAUACUCUGGGCACCGUGUACCCUGCUUUUAAUGCUAAACAAACUUCAUGACAGAAGACAGCUGAAUAACAGAAAGAGAAAUGCAAGUAAACUCCAAUACAUCGUAUGAUAAUUGUGCUGAGCUCCUUUGGUUGUGGAGGGAAUUAAUUGCAGUUUGGAUCCCUUCUUCAUUAUCUUAUCCUCUACAGUAGUACAAACGCUUUUCCUGACCAGCAGCUGUUCAGAAAUCUUUAAACUAGUUGAGUGUUUACAUUCUAAUACAUAUUGUCCUUUGUAUUUCUGUGCUUCUGUAAUUAGCAUCUGCAUGCAGACUCUGUACAGUCACAUAGGAGAAUGUUCUUUAAAAAUUCUGGCUUGAAUUUUUUUAAAAAAACAAAACAAAACAAAAAAACUUAUCUUGAGGAGCACUGGGCACCUGCAUUUAUGCUGAAUGCUUGGUUAGACAGGCUCUGAUAAUGGCUCGUAUCACUGACAUCCAGCUGGAAUUCUGCAUACUGACUGUAUUCUUGAGGGCAUUUUUGAAUAGUUUGGAAACUGAAAAACAGAACUAAUAAAAUAGUAACUGUUA